AGAAAACAGAAGGGAUGAAAAGGCAACAGAAUAGCUGAAUAAGAUUCUGCAUGAAAAUGGGGCAAGUGCAAAUUUGUUAUCAUGUGCCAGAAAAAUGCUUCCUCCAGCUGCAGUCUGGCUACAGAGGCCCACAAGAGAUGAGAAACGUAGGGAAAUUAACAGACUAAUACACCAUAAUUGGUAUUUUAGGAGCUGCGUGAGUGAAAUAACCUUUCAGCACUGCACAGCGCACAUUCUCAGCGUCUGAGAAAGCAGCAGGUCGUCUCAGCCCUCGGCGGCAGGUCCGCGCUGCCGCUGACCGCGGGUACGCGCCGUGGGUGGCACGGCAUACCUGAGCCUGCAUGAAUCACCGCACAAACCUGAAUCCCCACCUCGCACCGGGAUUUACAUGUCAAACAGAGCUGAGGUGAUUUCCGGGCUGGUCCGGAGCCCUGCGAGCCGGCGGGGAAGGGAGAGCAGAGGGACGGAGCGCGAUCGGGCCGGGCCGGGCGGAUGCUGGCGGUGCCGGCUCCGCAGCCCCGGCGGGAGCGUGGGCCAGAGCCGAGCCGCUCGCACACCUCCUCCCCGCCACCCCGGCAAUUACCAAUCGGGUAGAACCCCGUUCUGACGUGCCUGACUCAGCAAGGGCUUGGCUCAAAACAAACCACCCGCACACGGAGCUGCAGCCGGGGAAGCGGUGACGGAGGCACAUGAGGAGAAGGCGGCGCUGGGGAUUUUUAGCACUCCGGGUCCAGCCUGGCUGAGUCGUCCCCGGACUCGCUUCUUCCAGCGUCCCAGCUGGUGGCUGUGCUGGCCACGGUUCUCUGCGCGCUUCGGCAGCUCCUCCUCGCCGCCGGUUAGACUCGGGAGCUGCUCCGCCACGGCCGCCGGGCACGGGGAAGGAAGAGGUUGUUCCUGCUGCGUGACUUGCUGCCGAUCCUGCGACUGAAGUCCAACAGCCGUCCGGGAAGAGCCGGCAGCUCCCUCCCCUCCUCGGCAUGGAUACCUGGCGGAGAGGGUCCCUCAAGUCCACAACGUUCUUCAGACGCUUCUCGCUCAGGAGACACAAAAAGCUGGGCAACCAAGUCAUCAUCCUGAACCAGAACAGCCACACUCUGGACAGUGAGGGCCAGUGUCAGAAGAGGGAAGGCCUGAGGGAUCUGAAGGACAAGUCUGAUUACCUGUCAUGCCAGAGCGAGCAGAACCUGGCCAAGGCGCAGGCGCCGCCCAAGCCGCCCCGGCUCUACCUGGACAGUUCCAGCUGCCCCAACAUCAUCGACCGCACGGAUUCUCACCCCGACAUCUCCUUUUCUGGUGCUGCUCACCAAUACCACAAAGCCACCCAAACUCAGUCCCACAGGGAGCAGGGCACGGACUGCGGGGCCGCGGAGCCGGGCGCCCUGAACGGUACCGCUCCGCCCGACCCGGCCGACCCCUUCCUGUCCUUCAAGGUGGAUUUGGGGCUGUCGCUUCUCGAGGAUGUUCUGCAGACCCUCAGGAAACAGAAUCCCAGAGAUUACGCCAUUUGAAGGUAUUUAUCACUUAACCCGUCACAUUUACUCUCUGCUGCUGCCAGUUUCUCCAGUCCCAAGGGAGGAAGGGUCCUGCAGCGUUCCUGUUGUGCGUGGCCUGUUUGCUGUCCUCACCUCACCCGCCCCAGACUGUCCCUGUCCCUGUCCUUGCCCAGGAGCCCUGCGGAGCGGAGCUCCCGGGCUGCCGGAACCUCGUGGGCAAGUUUCCACGCUCCACACCAGGAAUCUGCCCCCAGGACUGCACGUCUCCUCCUCCUGGAAGAAUGUCACUGCCUGGCAAGAGACCCGUGACUGUGGGGACGUGGCUGUGACACGGCGGCGCACGGACAGAUGGUGUGGCACACAAUGCCUGGGGACAAGCAGCCAGCCUGCACGGAGACAGCAGCAUCGCAUCUCGAAGCCACAGCUACGGCAAGGGGCAGGACACACAAACUGCUCUUUCUCCUCCCACCGUGUUUGGACGUGAAACAAAGCUGUUAAUUUUUGUUUUUUCUGGUGGGUUUCUUUCCCCCAUCUCAAGUGCAGUUGGCACUGCCAGCCUGGAAACAGGUAAGCAUCCAUGUGGGCUCGUAAUCCAGCGGCAGCAGGUUAUUUAUCCUACUAGCAGGAGAAGCAAUUUCUCCAGCUACUGCUGCCCGAAGCAUGCACUGAUCUAUUGGCUGUACAGAUAUGGAAGAAUAAACGUGUCUGUGAGUGGAA